AUGCAGGAAAUUUCGCUGAAGCAAGGUCAGAGCUCGAGCCGGCGCGGCCAGGACCUCCGGCGGCUACUGCUACUGCUACUGCUGCCUUAUUCUCUCAUUCUACUGAGGCAGCAGCUGCCAAAGUCCCAGACUUCGGAUCAAGGUGAGGCCCUGCAUGGGUCCUGGAAGUCGGAGAAGGGGAAGUGCUCCAUCGGCAAGGACCCGGUGACCGCGCGCCUGUCCUACACGGAGCCGCUGCCGGAGGGGGAGCGUGUGCACGGGUGGCUGGAUGCGACGGAGGAGGAGGGCCUUUGGCAGGGCACCCUCGUGCUGUUGCAGGCGGGGGAAGGUCCGUGGUACGGGCCCUCCUUCGGUCCCCCGCCGGAGGUAGUGGGGGACAUCAAGGUGCGGCUUCUGAAAGGCGAGAAGCCACAAAUGGAGACUCAGAUUCGGAUGAAGGAGGAGGACGAGGACUGGUCUGAGCCGACGAAGUUUGAGCUGGAGGAGGGGGUGGAGGAGAAGCCCAUGCCCAAGCCCGACUUGAGCAACCUGCUGCCCGCGGAGGAUCGCGAGAAAGAGGUGGAGCCGGACGACAGCGACGACGAGGUGAAGCGCGCCAAGUGUGCGAAGGGGCCGAAGCGGAGCGUCGCCCUGAAGAUCGCCGCGCGCCGCAUGCUAGACAGCAACCCUGCCCUGCCGAUGGCCAAGCACAAGGUGCAGGGCCUGCACGGUGUGGAGCAGCACGAGCUGGUGGACAUCGGGGCCUUGCAGAGUGGCUGCGAGCUGCCGUCCGUGUCCGUGGAGCAGAUGUUGGACCGGCGACGGCACGAAGAGCAGGAUCCGUUGAAGCGCGACGGGCGGCCCGAAGUGUCCGGGGCGCCCAAGGAGGGAUUGGGCAACGGCUCGCCACCUCCUAGGCGUGACUCCCGGGGCUUCUCGUCUGCGCGGGCGGUGUCCUGGGACGAGAAGCAGAACUAUCUGGUGGCCGACACCAGCCUCGGUGGCAAUGUGCCAGUAGAACAGUUGGAUGAUGAGAUGGUAAUGCUGAGGAAGCAGCAGCACCAGGAGGAGGAGGCGUGCAGGCGCAUCGCCGCCACGCGGCGGGCGCGGAACCUGUGCCGGGGCGAAGUGGGCGAAGCGCGCGGCCGGGCGCCCUGGGAAGAAUUCUUCCAGAGCGCGCUUUGGCUUUGCGCCGCCAUGGGCCAAGAGAGCUCCAAGGGCUCCAAGGACCAGCCGGCGAGGCUGGUGCCCACCACGGUGCAGGUGAACAAGGCGAGCUUGCAGAGCCGCUGGUGGAGCCUCCAGGUCAGCGGGGCUGCGCCGACGCCCAACUGCCUGGACAGCUACGGCCGCCAGUACGCCGCGUUGUUCGAGCGCCACUGCGGCGAAUACCGAACAGAGAUGCAGAGAUGCAUGCGCAAGGGUAAGCUGGAUCCCUUGGACAUGAAGACGUGGUACCCCCUUUGUGGUGAGUCCUACGAGAUGGAGACCGCGUGUGCCACGGGCUUGCUGAAACACGUGGACGUGAAGUGCCGGCCCCAACUGGACAGCGCCGCGGACGCGCUGGGCGUGGCAAGGGGGCAGAUGGACCCGAAGAUGACGAAGAGCCUGGACGAGAUCGGGAAGUGCAUGGCGAAGCUCGCGACUGACAGGGAAGCAGGCACAUGUUCCGGCGGACCCGGUCCAGGGCCUGCGGGUGGAGAUCGAUUCUGCGCAGGCGAAGGAGAAGUUCAGAAUGAGCAAGCAGCUGAUGAUCAGAUGAAGGUGGCAGCCAGUUAGCCGGUGGUCAAGGGCAGCCGCAUUGGCCGCCCGGCCGGAGGUACAGCGCAGCGGG